AUGUCAUUCCGUAGCAUCGUGCGUGAUGUAAGGGAUGGUUUCGGGAGCUUGUCUAGGAGGGGAUUCGAGGUCAGGUUUCUGAGUCAUCGCAGAGGGAAAUCUCAUGGUGCUGUCCAUGAGCUGCAUGACCCAGUGCCUGUGGUACAGAGCAGCUGCUGGGCUAGCUUGCCUCCUGAAUUACUUCGAGAUGUGAUUGAGAGGUUGGAGACCAGUGAGGAUACAUGGCCUUCUAGGAAGCAUGUAGUUUCUUGUGCAGCUGUCUGCAGAACAUGGAGAGAGAUGUGUAGAGAGAUUGUCAAGAGCCCAGAGUUUUCUGGGAAAAUCACUUUUCCUGUUUCCCUGAAGCAGCCUGGGCCUCGAGAUGGAACUAUUCAGUGUUUCAUUAAGAGGGAUAAAUCUACCCAAAUCUACAAUCUGUACCUUAGCUUUAGCUCUGCUGUCCCUGCCGAAAAUGGAAAAUUCCUUCUAUCAGCCAAAAGGAACUGCCGUCCAACAUAUACAGAAUAUACAAUAUCAAUAAAUUCUGGUGAUAUAUCUAGGUCUGCCAGUAACAACACAUACAUUGGGAAAUUAAGGUCAAAUUUCCUUGGCACAAAAUUUGUAAUAUACGAUACUCAGCCACCAUACAAUGCAACUAGUCCUGCAGUGGCAGGGAAAACAAGCCAGAGAUUCUACUCCAAGCAGGGGUCGACCAAGGUUUCUUCCAGCCGGUACAGCAUAGCGCAAGUCUCAUAUGAACUGAAUGUCUUGGGAACUCGAGGCCCAAGGCAGAUGAACUGUGUAAUGCACUCCAUCCCAGCUUCAUGCCUUGAGGCUGGUGGCAGUGUCCCUUGCCAGCCAGAUAACAUCGGUGCCCGCACUGUCGGUGGAUCCUUCAGCAGCGUCUCCUUGUCAAAGCCAUCUACUAUGGACCACUCCAUGCAUUUCUUCAGUUCCCGGUUCUCCGACGCCGUAACAGGGGACGACAUUGUUAGCAGAGGCCAGGCAUUGAGUGACGCUGACGACGAAGAGUGCAGGGACACACCUUUGGUCCUCCGCAACAAGGCCCCGAGAUGGCACGAGCAGCUGCAGUGCUGGUGCCUCAACUUCCGGGGCCGGGUGACUGUCGCCUCGGUCAAGAACUUCCAACUAGUCGCCGCGACGACGCAGCCUGCUGCCGCCGGAGCCCCGACCCCGUCGCAGGCAGCCCCGCCACCGCCAGCUCCAGCUCCAGGUCCACCUCCGCCGGACCAGGAGAAGGUCUUACUGCAGUUCGGGAAGGUCGGCAAGGACAUCUUCACCAUGGACUACUGCUACCCGCUGUCCGCCUUCCAGGCCUUCGCCAUCUGCCUGAGCAGCUUCGACACCAAGCUGGCCUGCGAAUAA